AUGGAGCCCUGGAAGCAGUGCGGGCAGUGGCUGAUCAAUUGCAAGGUGCUGCCGCCCAACCACCGGGUGACCUGGGACACGGCCCAGGUCUUCGACCUGGCGCAGACGCUGCGCGACGGCGUCCUGCUCUGCCAGCUCCUCAACAACCUGCGCAGCCACUCUAUCAACCUCAAGGAGAUCAACCUGCGCCCGCAGAUGUCCCAGUUUCUUUGCUUGAAGAAUAUAAGGACUUUUCUUUCGGCAUGUUGUGAAAUAUUUGGGAUGAAGAAAAGUGAACUUUUUGAAGCAUUCGAUUUGUUUGAUGUGAGAGAUUUUGGAAAGGUGAUAGAAACACUUUCAAAACUUUCUCGCACUCCUAUUGCAAUAGGCACAGGAAUAAGGCCCUUCCCUACAGAAGAAAGCGUUGAUGAUGAAGAUGUCUACAAAGGUCUUCCUGAUUUAAUAGAUGAAACUGGUGUUGAUGAAGAUGAGGAGUUGUACGAUUGCGUCUAUGGAGAAGAUGAAGGUGGGGAGGUUUAUGAAGACCUAAUGAAAGAUGAAGCAGCACAGCAACCUAAAUAUACUGAAAAUGAUAUAAGAAGCUGUUGUCUUGCUGAAAUAAAGCAAACUGAAGAGAAAUACACUGAAACUCUGGAAUCGAUAGAGAAAUUUUUCAUGGUGCCAUUGAAAAGGUUUCUGUCAGCAUCAGAGUUUGAUACUGUUUUCAUCAACAUUCCUGAUUUGGUGAAAAUUCACAGGAAUCUAACACAGGACAUCAAUGAUUCCAUUGUUAACAAAAAUGAUCAGAACCUGUAUCAAAUUUUUAUUAACUACAAGGAAAGAUUGGUAAUUUAUGGACAGUACUGCAGUCAAGUGGAGAUAGCGAUAUCAUGCUUAGACAACAUCUCUAAGACAAAAGAAGAUGUUAAAUUGAAGUUAGAGGAAUGUUCCAAGAGGGCCAAUAAUGGGAAAUUUACGUUGCGGGAUCUUUUAGUGGUUCCAAUGCAGAGAGUGCUAAAAUAUCACCUACUGCUCCAGGAGCUGGUAAAGCACACUACUGAUCACAUGGAGAAGGCAAAUCUAAAACUGGCACUUGAUGCAAUGAAGGACUUGGCUCAAUACGUAAAUGAAGUGAAGAGAGAUAAUGAAACACUCCGUGAAAUUAGACAGUUUCAACUAUCAAUAGAGAAUUUGAAUCAUUCCCUCUUACAGUAUGGAAGACCUCAAGGUGAUGGGGAAAUAAGGAUAACAACGUUAGACAAACGUGCGAGGCAAGACAGGCAUAUCUUCUUGUUUGAUCUAGCUGUAAUUGUUUGCAAACGGAGAGGUGAUAAUUAUGAAAUGAAGGAAAUAAUAGAUCUUCAGAAAUACAAAAUUACAAAUAACCCCACUACUGAUAAAGAAAAUAAGAAGUGGUCUUACGGCUUCUACCUCAUUCAUAUCCAAGGUCAAAAUGGUUUAGAAGUUUAUUGCAAAACUAAAGACUUGAAGAAAAAAUGGCUUGAACAAUUUCAGAUGGCUCUGUCAAACAUACGGCCAGACUAUGCGGAUACAAGCUUUCAUGAGUUCAAAAUGCAUACCUUCAGUCGUGUGACAUCUUGCAAAGUCUGUCAGAUGCUUCUGAGGGGAACAUUUUAUCAAGGCUAUUUAUGUUCUAAGUGUGGAGCUGGAGCACACAAAGAAUGUUUAGGAAGAUUAGACAAUUGUGGCAGAGCUAAUUCAGGUGGUAAUGGAACUUUUUCUAUGCCUCAAAAACGAACAAAUGGAAUUAGAAGAAACUCUAGACACGUGGACCCAGGUUUACCAAAAAUGCAAGUCAUUCGAAACUACAAUGGAAUACCACAGCCAGUGACACAAGAUGGUCCACCAUUGCAUAUCCAGAUUGGGGACACUAUUGAACUAAUUAGAGGAGACGCACAUAGCUUAUUUUGGCAGGGCAGAAAUCUGACAACAGGAGAGCUUGGAUUCUUCCCAAGUGAUGCAGUAAAGCCUAGCCCGUGUGUUCCUAAACCAGUAGACUACUCUUCACAACUGUGGUUUGCAGGAGCAAUGGAAAGAUUGCAAGCAGAGAGUGAACUUAUUAACAGAGUAAAUAGCACUUACCUGGUGCGGCACAGGACCAAAGAGUCAGGAGAAUAUGCAAUUAGUAUUAAGUACAAUAACGAGGUGAAACACAUCAAGAUUUUAACAAGAGAUGGCUUUUUCCACAUUGCAGAAAAUAGAAAAUUUAAAAAUUUAAUGGAACUCAUAGAAUACUAUAAGCACCACUCUCUCAAAGAAGGCUUUCGAAGUUUGGAUACUACUCUUCAAUUUCCAUACAAAGAAUCUGAAAACUCAGUGGGACAAAGGAGUAACAGAACAGGUGGCAGCUUGCUAAGCCCAAAGGUGAUAGGCAUUGCCAUAGCCAGGUAUGACUUCUGUGCAAGAGACAUGAGAGAACUAUCCUUACUGAAAGGGGAUGUUGUAAAAAUUUAUACAAAGAUGAGUGCGAAUGGCUGGUGGAGAGGUGAAGUAAAUGGAAGGGUGGGCUGGUUUCCAUCAACUUAUGUUGAAGAGGACGAAUGA